AUGGUAACGUUCUUAUAUGUUCGGCGUGGAAUCAGCCAAGUCCGAUCCUACACCAGACUCGACCUUGCACACAAUCAGGGAGGAGCUCAAAUAUUCAUUCAAAGUCCAAUAAACUUCUUCCAUAAACACCAAGCUCUCGCAGACAUGCCUCAAUCGACGGCCCCCAAGGCCCAGCCAUGGAAGACCGAGUGGCCAGUCAAGUCAACUGCUGCUUCCGACACUAACAAUGGUGGCACGGUUCAUGGAUUUGAAAAAGGCAAAGAAAUCGUCAUGGAUGGCAAUACCAAUGGCAACACUCUCCCGAGACUUGGUCUCGCUAAGCAAGAGCUCGAGGAGGUCGAGGAGGACAAGUAGCAGGCUGACGUUGAAGGGAUUCUGCUGGCUAGAAUUGGGUGUUCUUUGUAACGGCUCAGUUGGAUUUUUUUCUGCUUCUCAAAGCUAUGCACGUAUCUGUCGAAAGUGUGAUGUUGAACUGGUUCCUGCUGGAGGAUGUAUUCUUGUCAGUCGCUCAUUCGAAUCAGACUUUAGCGAAUAUACUGGCUUCGCUGAAAACA